AUUUCACCCUUUUUUUACUCGCUUUUAUCUCCUUUUAAGAAACAAUAAUAAAUAUCUUUCUUAUGUCAAUUUCCUACUUUUUCUUCUUCUCUUAAUAGUUUAAAAUGUCUAAUUCAGUUUCUCGAAAUCAAAAAGCCAAACUGGCAGCAGAUUAUAAUGAAUUAUUAAAGGAACUCACUUCUCCUAAAAUAAAGACAGUUGGAUGUUAUUCACUUGGAAAGACGAUCGGAAAAGGAAGCUAUGGUAAAGUCAAAAUAGGCAUACAUAAAUUAACUUGUCGACAAGUUGCCAUAAAACAAAUUAAUAAAAAACAUGCUCAUUUAAUGGCACGCGAAAUUCAUCAUCAUCGUCAACUUCAUCAUCCCAAUAUUGUUUCAUUAUAUGAGAUUUUAUCUACAGAGAAUACUAUUUAUAUUGUUUCGGAGCACUGUGCUCAUGGUGAUCUCUUUGAUGCCUUGUUACAACACGGAAAAUUUGAUGAAUCACAAGUACGAUUUUGGUUUUCACAACUGUUGGACGCUAUUCACUAUUGUCAUUCAUUAGGCAUUAUUCAUCGAGACCUUAAGCUUGAAAAUAUUUUAUUAGACGAACAUGAUAACGUCAAAAUUUGUGAUUUUGGAUUCGCUCGUCAGACAGAUAAGAAUCAAUUAUUGAAAACUUUUUGUGGUAGUUUAGCUUAUUCUGCACCAGAGGUAGUUCAGCAUCAAAGUUAUUCUGGCCCAGCAACAGAUAUUUGGUCAUUAGGCGUCAUUCUUUUUGCACUUUUGGCUGGUGAAUUGCCUUUUGAUGAUGAUUGUGAAUCCGUUUUACAAAAGAAAGUUAUAAAUAUAGAAUAUAUUAUACCCCCAUUUUUCUCAUCAGAGGUGGCUGACCUUAUUUCUCGCAUAUUAAAAUUAAACCCAUUUGAACGCCUAACAAUUAGUCAAAUUUUUCAACAUCCAUGGCUUAGUCAUUCUAGCGGUGCAUCUAUUGUAGGACAUCAUAUAAAGAUAACAAAACAACAAGAACAAGAGAUAGCCAAUUCUCUUCUAAAUAGUGGAUUUAAUCAGUCUGUUAUAGAUGAAAUGCAAUCCAGUCAUUUUGGUAUGCUUAGUACUAUUUGGAACAUGUUACUGGAAUCAUCCGUUUUAACUAUGACUAAAAAGACUUGUGAUAAAACGAUAACAGCAGGAACAAAUGAAGGAUGGAUUGAUACUUUUAAAUCAUGGUUUGUCACUACUGGAUACAAACAAAACAAGGACAGCGACGAUAAGACAUUACCAUCAAAGGAUAUAAUAACAUAUCCCGAAACAAAGACAGGUGAUGACAAUGAUAAAAAAGAAGAUCAAUAUCUUGCAAUUUCCUUAACUUCCAACCAGAAUAAAGGAACUACACUAUCUUCUGACACUGAUCAUUCUAUUAGUGAUGAUGAACAUAGCUAUACUGAUUCAUCAUCUAAUACUUCAAUUGAAGAGUAUGAAAGUUGUAAAGAGAAUAAAUAUGAACCCAUUCAUUAUCAAAUGACAGCUAUUCAUCGUGUUUCACCCAUUGUAAGAAACCUAUAAGGGUCUACCCCUUCUCCCCUUUUUUUCUGUUACUAUUAUUAUUAAAUAUAUUUAUUUAUUUUAUUAUAGUCAAGUAGAGCAAAUAUACUUAUACCAAGAUCAGGUCUGACUAUGUAUGAACGACAAACUAACUUACGAAGUAGACUUGAAAAUAAAAGAAUCAUUGAAGAAGAAGAAGAAGAAAACGAAGAUGAAUAGACUCAAUUUGUAUACCCCUUCUACCGUCUUUUACCACUCACUUUUACACACACACACACACUCUCUCUCGCUCUUUCUCUGUAUAUUAUACAAACUCUUUUAAUAACUAAUUACCCAUAGACAAUUAUUGUAUCCAAUUUAGACAUAAAUAA